AGAUAGCAUGGAAUGGAGGGGGGGGAGUCGAGUCGUUGGAAUAUCUUCAUCGGGACGACAAAGGGUCUCAUUGGCUCCCCCACAGCAGGCGCAGCGAUAGGCGCGUAACGCUAAGCUUCUUAGCUUCUAGCUUCCUUCUUUCCUUACCUUCUUUCUUCUUUGGCUUUUGGGUUUCUCGUUAAGUGAUAAUUAGUGCGAAAAGAAAAGGAAAGGAGGCGGCUUUGAGCUCGGGAGGGGAGGGGGAGGAAGUGGAGGGUGAUGUCAAUGUAUGUCUAGUAAUGGGCUCUUGACCAAGAACUUUCUCGGGAAACUUGAUGGGACUUUUCUUGCUUUGCUUUUGCGCGCUGCCUUUAUCAGUUCUUUAGGGUUUUGUUCCUUUGAUGAGCCCGCCCGCAGGUCGAGGCGUGGAGGUCAAGCGAAAAUCUACUCUCAAGUUUCAAGCUUUCGCGGGGGGGAGAAAAAGCCUAUCUUCUCGGGGGAAAUACCGAGAACGCUUCUUUUUUUUCUCCCUCUUGCUCUCUCUCUCUCUCUCUCUCUCUCUCUCUCUCUCUUAUCCGGUGACAAUCUGAUACCGUGUUUUCUAGGAUUUUCUUGGUCUCUGUGGGCGUUCUGUCCUGGAUGGUCGUUUUCGUUGGAGCGGUACUCCCAAGUGGAAGGAGUUGGAGUGUGGCUUUUCUAUGGUGUAAAGCCUCUGUGCUGUCUGGGGAGAGAGAGAUAAAUAGUUGAGAGUUUUGCCGACGGGUGGAAGUUCUUGAAAAAGAUGGUCGCUGGGUAAACGGGAAAAAAAGAAAGAAUUGAUUGGGGGAAGGAAGGUUCGAGAUUUUGAAAUGAGGAACUCGGGUAUCGUUUGAGUAGUUUCAAGAGUUGCAACAUGAGUUGCAGCUCCAAUUGCAGGGAGAGGCAAGAGGGUCGAUGCGAAGAGCCAAUUCUGAGGAGGUCUGUCGAUGGAGAACCCAAGUCCCUCUCGGAGAAUGGGUCUUUAACAGACGCUCAGUUGUCUAUACACGAGAAUUUGUUGGUCAACCCGAAGUUAUUGUUCAUCGGGUCAAAAAUUGGUGAAGGAGCUCAUGGGAGAGUUUUUGAAGGAAGGUAUGGAGAUCAAAUUGUUGCUAUAAAGGUCCUUAACGGUGGGAAGACACCAGAAGAAGGAGCUGCACUUGAAAAUCGUUUUGCUCGGGAAGUCAAUAUGAUGUCGCGAGUCAAGCAUGAGAAUCUAGUAAAGUUUAUAGGUGCUUGUAAAGAUCCUUUCAUGGUAAUCGUUACGGAGCUAUUACCGGGGAUGUCUCUGAGGAAAUAUCUUUUCAGCAUACGGCCAAAUGUAUUAGACCUUAAUGUUGCAAUAAACUAUGCUCUAGAUAUUGCUCGUGCCAUGGAAUGUCUGCAUGCAAAUGGUAUUAUUCAUAGAGAUCUAAAACCAGACAAUCUGCUGCUUACCGCUAAUCAUAGAUCAGUAAAGCUUGCGGAUUUUGGUCUAGCAAGGGAAGAAUCUGUGACUGAGAUGAUGACUGCUGAAACAGGGACCUACCGCUGGAUGGCUCCUGAGUUGUAUAGCACUGUGACUUUGCGGCAGGGGGAGAAGAAGCAUUACAACAAUAAAGUUGAUGUCUAUAGCUUUGGAAUUGUUCUAUGGGAACUAUUAACCAACCGAAUGCCAUUUGAAGGCAUGUCCAAUCUGCAAGCUGCUUAUGCAGCCGCUUUUAAGCAAGAGAGGCCAGCUCUUCCAGAGGAUAUAUCCCCUGAUCUCGCCUUCAUCAUACAGUCAUGCUGGGUCGAGGACCCUAACAUGAGGCCCAGCUUCAGCCAGAUCAUUCGCAUGCUCAAUACUUUUCUCUUCACUCUUUUGCCACCUACACAAUCCUCACAAGAACCAGAUUCCAACGAGGCUGCUGCAACAACUAGUAAUGGCACCAUGGCACUGUCCACUGCUCGAAAUAAAGGGAAGCUUGCUUUUAUUCGCCAACUUUUUGCUUCUAAAAGAACUAGGAACUCGCAAUGACCCUGUGGAAUCUUGGGAAAGCUUCGAGUUCCAAUUUUUGGAGGGUCAUGGCCUUUUAGUAGUUGGUGCAGCUUUUGUGUAGAGUAUUUUGAGUAGCUGAAUAGUGACGAGUAGCAGCAGAGGGAUGGGAGGGAUGGAAAAAGAAAUAUAUAUUCAAUACAAGUAGGACUGCUAUUUCUUGCUCUGAUAUCAUAAAGGAAGGAAAUAGAAUAGCAAGAAUUCUCAUCAUAAUGCCACUUAUCCUUUCAUCUAAUCAAAUGCCGCGACUAUUCUUAUCAAACGGCGGAUGGGGAAUGGUCAUUUUGUGAAUGCAAGUCAUGUAGGGUUUGGUUGAGGCCUAGAGAUGUGGCCAGCAUUGAGCAUGCUGAAGUGGGCUGGCUGAUCUGUCUAUAUCAUUCCUUCCUUUUGCUUAGAUCUUAUCAGCAAAAUAAAGAGCAUGUUUGUGUAGCC